AUGGUGCUUGCCUGUCUUUUAGAAGUACACCAGAUCGUAGAGCAGGCACUGAAAAAGUACAGUGCAGAUCGCAUCGGGCUGGUGGAUUAUGCCCUGGAAUCUUCAGGGGCCAGCAUCGUCAGCCGCCGCUCGUCACAGACCUAUGGCAUGAGGACGGAGUGGUCUGGCCAUUUCACUCUUUUUGGCAUCCCCUUGUGGCGCUAUUUCCAGUCCCCAAGACUCAUCCUCCAGCCAGACGUCUACCCUGGCAACUGCUGGGCAUUCAGGGGCCACCAGGGCUUCGUCGUGGUGCGCUUGUCUGCCCGCAUCCAGCUCACUGCCAUCACCUUGGAGCACGUGCCAAAAGCUCUGUCCCCAACCGCUGACAUCCCCAGUGCCCCAAAGGACUUUGUCAUCUUGGGGCUAAAUGAAGAUUCUCAGGCAGACGGGGUGGCCCUCGGGCAGUUCACCUACGAUAACGCUGGGAGGCUUCAGACCUUCCACUUGGAGGGCAACGACACAGCCCCAUACCAGCUGGUAGAGCUGCGAAUCCUCAGCAACUGGGGUCACCCUGACUAUACGUGCAUUUACCGCUUCAGGGUCCAUGGGAAGCCUGCCACUUAGCCCCGCCCCAGCCUGCUGCCUUCACCCCUUCCUCCUUCAGCCGCCACAAAGCAGCUCUCUCACCUCCUCCUCCCUGCCCCCGCUUAAUCUCUUCUGCCCACUGUGCCUUCUGGGACAGAGACAAAACCUCCGUGGAGCCCUCUUGCCCCACCAGGCCCACUCAGAGAUGGAGAAGACAACCGGCUGAGCCUUUGCUUCUCACAAGGCCAACAACCGGCAUUUGGGGGAAGUUUUCACCCAAGAUCACCUGCAGUGGCAUUUAGAAACAGCUCGUCACCAUGGGUUGUAGCCAUAGCUAGUUGGCCCCUUGUACCCACUGGGGUUUCAUUUCCACUGCAGUGGAAGUUAGUACUGUUAGAUAGAACAUUAGUCGUGGGUUAGAUAAAGCAGACAAAGAAGGGGGCUCAGAGUGCAGCCAGGGGCCAUGGGGAGAGCGCCUUCCCUUCUCCUACUGCUGCCAGGUUUCUCCUGCCUUCCUCGGCGGCCCAGAGACUCUACAUUUCCACUUUAGCCAUGCCUUCUUCCACCUCCUGACCUGAAGCUCAGUCGCUGUGGUCUCUCCUUUGGGACCAUCAGCUCCAGCUGAUAUGGCUAUGGUGGGGAGGAGACUGGCCAGGGGCCUGAGGAGAAGGGUCCUUGCCUGGCCUCUUGUAGGGUAGGCAUUGAGUCAAAGCUGCCCUUUAUCCCUGAGCUGCACCUCACAUGGCCCAAGUGCCUCUACAGGGAAACAGGGCAUUGGAGGCUCAUCAGGCUCUUACUCUGACCUCUGAAUCUAGUUCCUUUUGAGCUUGGUUAGCAUAGGAGCAGGUAUUAAGUUUAUGGGGAUAGGGUUUGGGUUGGGGGGAGCUUUUUGCAGUGAAGGCUGGUGUGGGAGAGGGAAGGCAAAUGUUUUGGCCCACUGAACCUCAGAUUAUUAUGUAUAGAGAUAGAAGUGUUUCUAUUGGUACAGAGAUGUAGUUCGAGGUUCUUUUUUCUCAGAUAGAACAGCUAAGGGCUUCAUUUCUGGCUGCCUCCCUGUAGGCCCAGAGUUAAAUUCACUGCAGCCCCAGCUUCCCGGGGCAG